AGGCCCAGGUGGCCAGAGCAGGGGCUCCUGGGGCGGGGCUGGGCUUGGGGACCCCCUGCUGCAGCCUGGCCCCUUCUACCCCGUGAGUCUGCUCGGGGGGCACGUCAGGGUCUUCCCUGCUGCCCCCAAGGGUGCCCUCUUUCUCUCGCUGCAGCGAGGUGCGGGUGCGCCGGCGGCUGGACCGGUGGCUGGAGACGCAGCGCCAGGAGGCGGAGGAGCAGCCCGAGGCCCCAGCGUGCGAGCGGCAGCCACUGCUGGGGGAGUUCUUCCCCGCCAGCAAGCGUGGGCACCCGCGGGAGGGGCCCUGCACCCGGUCCAGCACGAAGCGUCAAAAGGAGAUGCUGGCGGAGGAGCCCUGACCCGCAGCCCCCUGCACCGGGCAGUCCCCGGCUGGUAUCCCCGGGGUGCUGGGGCUCUGCCGCCUGCAUGCGGCUCCUCCGUGGGACUGGCCGUGGCUGUGGGUGAAGCAGAGAGGACUUGGUCUGAGGAGGGGCCCCAGGCACAAGAGAGAGCUGCACCCCUGGCAGGGUGUUGCGGGAUAGGAGGGCAGGGGGCAGGGCAGGCAGCAGAAGGGGGUCUUCACACCUUGUUCCUGGAGACCCUCCCCUUGUGCUGAGCGACCCAGCAGGGCUGGGGGGGCAGGAGGCAGAGCACGGGGUGGGGUGGGGUGAGCAGCAGGUGCCGGGGGGCUGGCCAGGCCCCAGCUGUGACUGCUCCCAGCAGCCAGACGAGGCCAGGCUCCACAGCAAGUGCUGCCCCCAGUAGGGUCCCUGCCCCGAUGGGUCCCGGUCCCGGCUGUCAGGCACUGGGAGGGUCCAUGCAAGCAGGGGAGCCACAGGACGAAGCCCAGCUGUGCCCCCACAGCCCCCUGUCCCACGAGGGUGGCACCUGCCUCUGGUGCAAUAAAGUCCGUGGCACCCGCACGAUGCAGCGUGGCCUGAGAUUCCUUCGGCCGGCCGGGGUCUAUCGCCCCUGCAGCCCGGGGGCUCAGCCCUGACCCUGUAGCUGCCCCCAAGGCCCACUGGGGCCUGCAGAGCCUGGGGCCGGCUGGGGGAGCAGCCCCGGCAUGGCCACGGGCUCUCGGGGAGGGGGAGCUGGAGGCAUCCAUCCCCAAGCUCCGGGGAGCUAGCACUGAGGGGCACUGGACUGACUGGUGGCACUGGCUGGCACGCUGAGGACUGGGCAUCGGGCUGGGCAGGGCACGAGGGGGUCUAACUCAUGCCAGGAGCUAGCGCCGGCUGGGCAGAGCAUCCACUCCUGCCCUAACGAUCCUGGCUCAUCAAGCACGAGGUUGGUCGAUGUGUGCACAGCCCCGGGCAGCUGCUGCAGCUCCCAGCACUGCUCACGUCAGAGGCGGGCAGCUGUGGGGCAAGACCGUCCCCAAAACAGCUACACGUGAUGCCCGCCGGGAAGAGCCUUCACCCCAUGAUGUUCCCUCCCAGGGGGCUACGACCCGCACCAAACCCCACGUCUUGCAGGGCUCGGCCUGGCACUGCACUGGGGACGGUCCAUGUCAAAUACCGAGGGGUCAAAUCAGCAGGGCCCAGGGAGCAUCGCAUCCAGGCCACCCCCAGUUCAGGGCAGCGCCGGCCUGUCUGCACCAGCCUGGACACAUGUCCGUCCAGUGCCGCCAAGGACAGAGACUCCUCCGCUGCUCUGGGCAGCCUCAGAGCGAGGGCAUCUGAGCGGCCCAUCCCCGUUUGCCCGGCAGAGGCAGAGGGCACUUAGCCUGACCAGUCUGAGCAGGGGGAAAUCCCUUCCUGCCCCAGUGCAGCCUGAGUGCAGGGGCAAGACCCUCCCGCCAGGACCCUGCGGGGUUGGUGUGAGGGGUCGUGUCGACCCGUCUGGACAGCCCUGGGCUCUGGCUGGCAGAUGUCCCAGCGGGGCUGGAGGUUUGGGACGCGGCGAGGGCUACGCUAACCCCCCUGCACAGUCUAGCUGGGAGCACAGGGACUGUCCCCACCUGCUAGCUUCUCCCUGGGGACGCGGCCCCCAUGCGCAGCGUGCCCAGGGUCCCGGCGACUGCUCCUUUGGGGCGGAUAGGAGGAAGCCGAGGGCAGCGGAGAAGCCGGUGGGUGUGCAGGGACCCCGGCUUGCAACAGGAUAUCGCACCUGCCCAUGCAGCGAGCCUGGCCCUUGCACCCAGACUGGGCCAGGUGUGAGGAAAGGGGGAUCCACACCCUUAACUCUGCCCUUUGCACUCGCCGCUUGGAUCCAGACCCCAGGGUGGGGGUUCGAGGGCAGGAAUCGGGGUGUUGGAGGCUGGGGAGAUGGGUACGAGCUCCCAGGCCUGUGUCCUCCCCGGCUGCUGUGAAUCUGCACAGCUCCUUCACCAGACUGCGCCUGCCCCCCCCAAGCCUAUCUAGGUCCCUGGCCAAGGUCUGUCCUGGGGGAGCCGGUGCUUGGUGCAGGCUGCCCAGAGGCAGCCGGGGUGCUGGGUGCCAGCGAGGUCACAGGGACCCCUCCCCGCCGCCUCCCCCACCCCGCCAGCCCUCGGCAUCCUUGCUACCGCAGUGCCAGGAGGAGGGGCGGCUGCACUGGGCAUGCUCCCAGCCACUGCGGAGGGACCGGCUGGCAGGAUGCUGCAGCGCUAGCGGGAGGCAGCUCGAGCCCCUCUGCCCCCCUGGGUGCCAGGCCUGGGGGCUGGCUGGCGGCGGGGUCCGGGCCCCCUGCCCCGCACGCGGGCACCCCAUGUAUGCCUUCUACUCCCUGCUGGUCUACAUCUUCUACACCCUCUUCCGCAAGGAGCCCAGCCAGGAUGACGGGCAGCUCCUGGAGCCGGAGCCCCCCCAGGACCGUGAUGCUGCCCCUGUGGAGCUGGCCCGGAGGCCGCAGGGCAGCCGGCCGCCACGUGAAGACCUGUGGCCAGAGCUGACGGAUCUGGACAGCAGCUCAGAGAGCAGCAGCGCUGAGGACCAGGAGGAGGAGGAGGAGGAGGAUGGGGACAGCCCGGAUGGAGCCGCCACCUCCCCGCUCACCGAGUUCCUGGCCCUCAAGCAGAGGAUGGGGGGUGAGCAGCUUGGCCCCCUGGGGAAGGAGGCUCCCGGCGGGCAGGCGCCCGAGUCGCCGCUGCUAGCGGUGCUGUCGCACCUGCUCUCCUUCCUGGAGCACUACGGGCACCUGCAGCGGCUGCAGGAGCAGGCGGGCGCAUACCGGGCGCGGCUGCGGCGGGCAGAGAGCCGGCGGCGCCAGCAGCUGCGCUCGUUCCAGCGGGCGUCCCGGCAGCGGGAGCGGGAUGCGCUCAGCCUCGUCGCCAGCCUGGAGGGCGUCAUCAGCGAGCAGCAGAGCACCUUGGAGACGCUGCGCGGCGGCAUGAAGCUGCCCUCGGCCUGCUCGCCGCCCCCCGCGCCCCCGGCCGGCCUGCACCAGCUGGUGGAGUCGAUCAGCGCCCUGCAGGGCGAUCGUGCCCGGCUGGCGGAGGAGAUCCAGGGCCUGCGGCAGGAGCUGGAUGAGCGCGAGAAGGACAAGCAGCAGCUGGCCGGCAGCUUCCACCUGCAGAUCCAGGAGCUGAAGCAGCAGAUCGAGGAGCGCGAGGACGAGCUGGCGCGGCUGCGCACGGGCAUGGGGGUGACGGACUCGGAGAAGCGGAUCCACAACCUGACGGUGGAGAACGAGGGGCUGAAGCAGAGUCUUGGCGUCACCCAGGGGCUCCUGCAGCAGCUGGCGGCCGUGUCUGCCCAGCCCUCUGCCCUGCUGGCCAAGGAGAACGAGGACCUGCGGGGCCAAGUGCAGCGCCUGGAGGCGUCGCUGCAGCAGAAGCUGGCACAGCUGGCACAGCUGGAGGGGCAGGUGGACGCGCUGCAGUGGUACAAGGAGGAGGAGGCGCGGCAGCUGGACGAGCGUCUCUGUGCGCUGCAACAGGCCUUGGAUGCCCAGCUCAGCCGGGCCCCCGAUGUGCAGUACGUGACCCAGACGGUGGAGGUGGAGUCUCCCAGCACGCUGCGGUCCCUGGCCGAGGCGGAGGAGCGGAACCGGGUGCUGCAGGAGCAGCUCUCCAGCCAGGGUGAGAGGUGCCAGCGGCUGACGGAGCAGCUGCAGGGCUCCGAGGAGGUGGCUGCUGGGCUGCGGCAUAAGAUUUCGGCCUAUGAGCAUGAGAUGGCACAGCUGCGCGAGCAGCUGCUGCGGGAGAUCAGCCACCUGGAGGCCCAGAAGGAGGAGGCCGUGAAGGAGGCGUCGGAGUGCUCCGAGCAGCACCUGGACCAGCUCCGCCAGCAAUUUGCAGGCGUGCGCCAGCGCCUGGCUGUGCUGCAACCCCUGCUCCGCAGCAUCAGGACCGACUAUGGCAGCCUGCGUGGCCAGGUGCGCAGCUUCUCUGACUUCUAUGAGGCCGCCCUCAAGGAGGCCAGGCAACAGAUGUGCUCAGCCAUCAGCGAGGUAUCGGAGGCCAACCGGGACCUGCGGGAGAAGUACCAGCACGAGGUCUUGCUGCGCAGGAAGUACCACGACCAGCUGGUGGAGCUCAAAGGGAACAUCCGGGUGCUGUGCCGCCUGAAGCCGGUGACGGAGGCCGAGCAGCAGGCCAGCGAGGCGAGCGUGGCUGUGAGCACGGAGCCCGGCAGCGAGAGCAGCGUCACGACCUCUUACAAGGGCAAGGAGCGCACCUUCGAGCUGGACAAGGUCUUCCUGCCCCAGGCCACCCAGGAGGAGGUCUUCCUGGAGAUCGAGCCGCUGGUCCUGUCCUGCCUCAACGGCUACAACGUCUGCAUCUUCGCCUACGGGCAGACGGGCUCCGGCAAGACCUACACCAUGGAGGGUGUCCCCGAUGACCCUGGGAUCAACCAGCGGGCGCUGGAGGUGCUGUACCGGGAGAUGGAGGCCAAGCAGGGGCUGUGCAAGUAUGCCGUGAGCCUCAGCCUGGUGGAGAUCUACAACGAGGUCAUCCGGGACCUGCUGGGCAAGGACCCCCAGGAGAGGCUGGACAUCAAGCUGAACCCCGAUGGCAGUGGGCAGCUCCAUGUGCCCGGCCUCACCUGUGUGGAGGUGCAGGGCUUCCGUGAGAUCAAGAAGAUGCUGGCGCUGGGCAAGAGGAACCGGGCGACCCACUGCACCAACAUGAACGAGCGCAGCUCCCGCUCGCACGCUCUGCUCACCAUCACCAUCACCGGCACCGACCUCGCCACUGGCACCAAGACCUCAGGGAAGCUGAACCUGGUGGACUUGGCGGGCUCGGAGCGUGUGUGGAAGUCGGGGGCGCAGGGCGAGCGGCUGAAGGAGGCGCAGAGCAUCAACAAGUCCCUGCUGGCGCUGGGCGAGGUGAUCCAGGCGCUGCGCGCCAAGCAGCCCCACGUGCCUUUCCGCAACUCCAAGCUCACCUACCUGCUGCAGGACUCGCUGGGCCGCGGCAACAAGACCGUCAUGAUGGUGCAGAUCUCACCUCUGCAGAGGGACGUGGGCGAGACCGUUUGCUCCCUCAAGUUUGCCCAGCGCGUCUGCAAGGUGGAGCUGGGCCCGGCCGCUCGCCGUGUCGACCCCUCGGGCCCUGGUGAGGCCUGAGCCCUGCGGCCAUGAAGCCAUCAGGUGCCCUCCUGCUGCCCCCUUGCCACCCCCAACCCCCAGAUAGGGCGGAACCAGGGGCUGUAGGGCAGGUUGGCCCUGCUGCAUCCAGGCCCCCAGAGCUGCAGGGCAGGGGCUGCUGCCCCAUGUCCCUCCCACCAACUGGGGGAGAAGGGAGCCGGCUCUGCCCCCUGCUGCCUCCUGGGUGGGGGUGAGGUGCCUGCCCACCCCCAAUCCUUGUAGCCCCCACCCCCCGCCUAGGGGAGCUCAGCAUCCCCCUUUGCAGUGCUGGGACCUGUCCCCCAUGGCUUGAGACCCCCCCCCAGCCCUCUGCCCAAGAGCCACGGGCCACCCCCCACAUGUGCCUGAAUGCACAUGCAGCCUCAUGUGUGCCCCCAAAUGCCAAGGACCCAGCCCCCCACCCUCAGCAGCAGAGGGGGGCUCUGCUCUGUACCGCGUCAGGGAGAAUAAAGAGGACCCUUUGCAACUGGA